ACAGCUUCACCCGAAUUUCUCUGCGCGUCUCUUUUACACAGCGUGCUCUCUCGCCCGCCGCACAGCUUCUCUUAGCCGUCUCGGGAAUCGAUCACAUGUAGUCGUGUGGAGCACAAGGAAGAGAGCAUUAUUUCGAAAUUUGGUGCCUUUUAUUACGUUCACCGCGCGCGCGCUCACAACUAUGAACGCUCAAUUUCUGAUUUUUCUAAUGAUCUACCGUGUUAAUUCGCAGUACGAACCGCAAUCGAAUAUUGAUCGUCUGGCACAAAGACCCGUUCUACCACAAUGUCCACGGGAAUGGGAAUGGGCGUGUCGAAACGGAGAAUGCAUAGCACAUUAUGACGUUUGUGACGGGAUUACGCAGUGCACCGACGGGUCCGACGAGUGGAAUUGCGAAGCGAGGGGCGGAGCGCCGAUGGCUCGUGAGGGAGUUGCUCAACCACGACAGACAAAUGUGCAGGCCACCGUAGCGGCGGUGAAGGAGACAACGACGAUAACCGCUGAAUCUUCAGGCACCGUCACAAUCCAAUACUCGCACAUUUUCUUCGCCUUUGUCGCGUUUUUCGUUCUCUCGGUUGCCGUAGUCGCUGUGAUUCGUCGGCGAUCACGACAAAAAUCCGGAUUUCGAAAUCGACGUGGCGGCGGGCACGGGGGCCCGAGCAUACUGCAACAGGAUUCCGACGAAGACGAUAUUCUAAUCAGUUCUAUGUAUUCUUGAAUUUCGUUUUUUUUUUGGCACGUGGGGUGCCAGGCUGUCCCAUUACGGUUUGAUCUACAAAAAAUGCGGGAAUUUUUUGCCCAGAAAAAUGUGAGAACUCUGCGUCUCUUCUCCCGCAUUUUUUGUAGAUCAGCGUAGAUCAAGCCGCAAUGAGACACUCUGCUAACACCACGUGUUUUGGCUGUACUACUUUUCUCUCUUUUCUCACUUUUAUCUCGGGUUGUGUCAUUGAAUUAUGAAGAAAAAAAUAAAUCAAAUACAUAAAAA